GCACAGUUUCAGAAAUUUCAAUUUCAGAAAGUUCUUUUUUUCAGGAUACAUGUGUUUUUUCCCUAGAUUAUUGCUGUAAUAGCUGGUCAACCAGUUACCUCUCCCUGUUGGUUAUUUGUUAUUUUCACUGGUAGUUUUCUUCUCAGGAAAGGCUUUGCUUUCUUGUGGUAUUCUAUCUUAUUGAUAUCUUUGUUGGACGAAACAGAUAUCAUAUUUUGACCGUUGUCAGUGUGGAAUGUAAACUGAUACCAGUGGAUAUAUAACUUCUUCUUUAUGAUGUCCUAAGUGAGGCUCAGUCACAGGACACCCCCGCCAAUAAGGAUAUGGGAUACAAAUAUGGCGGCAGCCGAGAAUCGUCGGCUGGUGAAGACGAGCUACCGGAUGUGCCCAUAAAACUAACCAAUAUGGAUGAAGAAAGAUAUACCUCCAUACUGCGACCACCUCCCACAACAGAGCCAGGAUAUAUCAAAGUAGACUUCCACUUAAAAAAUGUGACGAAAUACGUCGGUGAGACCGUGCGGUUAAAAUGCGAGAUUACUGGGGACCCUGUGCCCAGGUAUCAAUGGUUAAAGAAUGAUGCACCGAUCUUAGAGGAGAAGGGACGGAUCAGUAUGAAACCCACAUUGUGGGGUUCAAGGUUAAAGAUUGAGAGCCUUGAUACAUAUGACACUGGUUACUAUAAAUGUAUUGGCAGCAAUCAGUAUGGGAGUGCAAGGACGGUAGGCGUGUUGUAUGUCAACCCAGGCCCUAACCCCAAUGCGCCCGACCCAACCAAUACCAACCAGCCUGAUACGAGCUUGGAGGACCUGUUUGGAGGACGGGGGAUUCCGGGUGGUUUCAGACCUGGUAAAAACAAUCAACCCAAAAUCGACGAGGUCGACAAGAAGGAUCAGAGCGGAUUCUGCCAGCCUUACUUGGGUGCCACCUGUGGCAAAUACCUGAAAGGAAAAGAUAUCUUCGUAACGUCAAAGUACGAACAAGGUCACAAUGACGAGAGGUUGACAGCUGCUAUCGCGAUGAUCGCUGCAUCCUCUCAGACGCGCCUCUCAGAAUACUGUGGGCGUUAUGCCAUCCAGAGUCUGUGUUACUUUACGUUCCCAAUGUGCGACUUGACAGUGAAUCCUCCGCGGCCACUCCGAAUCCGACGUGACGAGUGCAUGAUGGUCGAAAAUCAUCUGUGUUUGGAUGAGUACAGGAAGGCUAAACAAAACCCUGUUCUCGGCACUAAACUGAUCCUGCCGGAAUGCAAUGAUCUUCCUCCGGACGGCAGUCCCCAAGCGGCAAACUCAAUCAGUAUGAACAUACCUAACGUCAAACAGUGGUACAAUUCGGAUCAAACAUGUUAUAACGACACCGGUAAACAGUACCGAGGGACAAUGAGUGAGGGUUUAUCUGGCCGAGACUGUGAACGGUGGACGCACACCUGGCCUCAGCAACUUUACUACGACCCUCUGAAACACAAAAUGUUAGGAAAUCAUAACUAUUGUCGUAACCCUGGUGGUGAGGUUGACCAACCAUGGUGUUUCACCCGCAACGGCCUUGAAUUGCGACAGGAGCCAUGUGACAUACCUAAAUGUGAGCCCACUGGUGGGGGUACUGAGACAAUGAGUGAGAUUAUGUUCAUCCUCAUCCCCAGUGUCGCCGUACCGAUCGCCCUCAUCUUCCUCAUCGUCAUCAUCUGUAUGUGUCGCCGGUCGAGAAAGAACAACGCAUCGCCGAGCAAAGUGCCGAAGAACCUCGGUCAGAACAUGGAGCUGAGUCCUCUGAAUGUGAAACAGCCUCCGUUGCGUGCGAGAGAAUUUCCCAUGUCUUCCAUAAGAUUCGUACAAGAGCUCGGCGAAGGGACUUUCGGGAAAGUCUACAAAGGGGAGUUAAUCGGGUUGUACAGUGAGUCGAGUAUCACGCCGGUUGCCUUGAAGACGGUGAAGGCGGAAACCGGCGGGAAUCAGAAACUGCAUAACGAGUUCCGCCAAGAGGCGGACAAGUUGACUGAUCUGCGACAUAUAAACGUUGUUUGUUUGAUCGGAGUUUGUACGAAAGAGUCCCCGAAUCUGAUGUUGUUUGAGUACAUGACGCACGGCGACUUGCACGAGUUCCUCAUCAUGCACUCGCCACAUUCGGACGUGUCUUGUAGCGACGAAGAAUCCCGGACUCUUGAUCAUUCAGAGAUGCUUUAUAUAGCGGUGCAGAUCGCCGCCGGGAUGGAAUUCCUGGCCGCGCAUCAAUUUAUACACAAAGACUUAGCUGCUAGAAAUAUAUUAGUUGGUGAUAACUACAAUGUCAAAAUAUCUGAUUUUGGUUUAGCAAGAGAAAUUUAUGCCACAGACUAUUAUCGGGUGCAGAGUAAAUCUGUGUUGCCCGUACGCUGGAUGCCACCAGAGGCCAUUUUGUAUGGUAGAUUUACCACCGAGAGUGAUGUGUGGUCUUACGGAGUAGUUUUGUGGGAGGUCUUUAGUUAUGGACUUCAGCCUUAUUAUGGUUACAUCAAUCAGGAGGUGAUUGAGAUGAUACGGGCGCGGCAGAUUCUGCCGUGUCCCGACGAGUGUCCGGCAAGGAUGUACGCAAUGAUGGUCGAAUGCUGGCACGAGAUGCCUUCCCGCCGACCGUCGUUUAGCGACAUCCAUGCGCGACUCCGCCAAUGGCAAGGAGAGACCAUGGCGGCGCAGAAGCCAAAUCUGACUAUCACGCAUAGUCAUUCGGGGCAUUCUAGCAGCACGCACCAGAGCACGCACAGUCACCCUAGUCAGCACAGCAGCACUGGACCUAGCAACAAUACUGCCACGACAGGCCUUACCGGGAGCUCCUCAGGCGGCUACGGCCCCGUCUCCGGGCCGCGGGCAGUACAGAUGCCAAACCCCAUGCUACAGCACCAGAUGCCAUACAGGCCCAUGACCAAUCAGCAGAAUACGUUCAACAAACGACCAUCGCCACCGCCAUCUGUAUCGAGUCACAAAUCCUCCGCGCAGAGCUCAGCGUCUUCCUCGAUCGGGUACAAGUCGGGCGGCGAACAGAGCAAGCCGAGUAACCCGACCACGCCCAUCAAGUUGACCAAUCUCAACAAGGCGGCGAGUCCCGGGAGCCAGAACAAUCAGAAUAUGAAAUAUAUACUCGAAUCUCAGACAUCGGUGUGAAGAUGAAUUUUCACUCAUGACCCUAUUGCCUGGUCAAAUCAUACACGGAGCAUUCAAAAUGAUUCUUGUUAUUUUGUCAUUCUUUUUAAUUAUGUGACUUUUGAAUGUCACCAAUGAAGAUUGGCAUGAAAUGAAAUUUCAGUGAUGCAAAAAGAAGUGAAAGUGAAAUUUCAAGUGAUGUAAACGAGAAUUAAUUACUUAUUAAUUCUUGGUACUUGUAUAACUAAGCCAUUUCUCUAUGACUUGGUUGAAAAAGAGCAUAUCAAAUCUUGACCGUCGGAACCUUGAUGGAAUCUUGAAUGAUCUGUGUAUGAUUACUCUGCCCUCUGACAAUGGGCUUUAAAGGCCUAUGCUGUUCGUGUGCAUUGUCUUUGCAAAUUCAAAUUCAAAUUUCAAAUUUUGAGCAAACGGCGUAGGCCUUUAACAAUGAAAAUGCCAUAUUCUAGAGAGACGGUAUGCUACACUCUGUCUGUGAUUUGAUCGCUGACGACUCUGACAAGAAUUAAUCUUUAGCAAUUCCUGAUGGCGCGAAUGUUAUGGUUCAACUAGGACCAGGGUAAAUGAGUGCUUUGAGUUCAGUGCUGAUGGGCAACUAACACCAGAUUGACUUUUGGAGUGACCAAAGUGGUAUUGUUGAUUAGUCCAAAGGACUGAACAGAGGACCCAGACAGAUGUUUUUUUGGUCACUGCAAAGACUUCUCUUGAUUUGGUUGCUUGUGUGUACCAUACUUUAUUGCACGCAGUUGCUGAUAACUUAAAUUUUGAAUAUAAUCAGGUCGGAAGUGUCAUCUAUUAUUGAGAGAGUGUACUAUAUUGUCGCAUAUUGAUAUUAUGAUAUCAGUUGUGCUAAGAAAGCGUGCAAUGACAAUUCAAAAAUUAACAUAUAUAUUUUGUUUAGAUUUAGAAAAACGUACAAUCUUGACAAAUUUUAAAAUGUUGAAUGAUAUUUAUGAAAUAUGUCUGAGGUUUCAUCUUCUCACCUUGAGGUCUGAAGGUCACGGUCACCUCAAGGUCAAAGUUCAAGGUCAUUCCUUGUGUAGAUAAUCCCUGUUUAUCAUGUUUAUGGUCGAGAAAUGUCUUAGAAUUGAUCUUUCUGAUUUUGUGUGAAGAUGUAUAAUUGAUUUUUAUGGCAAGUCAUCUCAGACCCACCUCAGUAAUGGUCAGUCAGGUCCACCUCAAUGUUGCAGUUCAUAUCCAGACCCGCUUAAAAAUGGAGGUCGGACCAACCCCAACAAUUUGUAUAAUGGAAUUGCCGAUACAUAUUCUUUGACAGAAAUAUUGGUUUACAAUAGUUUUAUUUUGAAGUAGAUGUUUAGAACUUUCAAAAUAAACUGCUGAUUUCACACAUUAUACACGUAGCUUGUUUGUAAGAAGAACUACCGUACAUCAUAACUCAGGUUGCGUGGACAGGAACUGUCCAAUCAAAAACCUGCCGUGUGACGUGUUUGAAACCUGUCACGAUACGAGCGUGAUACAAUGUUCUUCUUUAUCGUUUAGAUGCUUCACUGGAACUACUUUCGGGUAAAUUGGUUACCGUCUUGCAAGGGGUUAAUCAGAGUACCAAAAAUUGCCGAAAAAUCAUUAUUAUUGGAUAGCCCUGAUUGGUCUAAAGUUGAGUCAAAAACAUAUUUCUUUGUGAUGUAAUCAGACUUCUGUGACCAAUCGGAAAGCAGACAUGACUUUAGUACACCAUCUUACCAUCGCCAACAAUUUAUCUGAUUAGCCCUCUCUUUAGGAGAUAAUCGGAAUCCAAUCUAUAGAGGCUGUGCGGAUGACGUCAUCACGGAAAAGGGACACCAUUUCGGAUGGUAAAUUGAUGUAGGUUAACAUCGAAUUCGGAUGCCCAAGUGACUUCACAGCCUCGUACAUUCAAGCUUGAAGCUUUCCAGUUCAAUGUUAGUUAUGAAUCGGACAGAUGCUUCUCUCAGUGUAUGAUUGCUUUUAGCUGUGUAUGCCUAAAGUAUCGCGCACACGAGCGAUGAAAUCAGGAGCGACAGUUGGUUAAUGGUUGCUCGUCCGCGCUUUACUCACCCUCACCUUAGCUGGUCACACUAUAUUUUAUGUAGUCAAAUUAAUGACACACGCACCUCUAGUCUUACUUUUACUGUAAAAUCAUAAUGAUUUUUCGCAUUCUAAGUUAUUUUCAGUAUGAUUGGCCUUUUGUCUAAAUAUGAAUAUCCUAGUGCUGAUUUUGAAAUUAAGUAGGCUAAAAGAUGAAUGUGCAAAAUUUGAGUCUACGGUAGACUUCUCAAUUUAAAGUUUGUCUGCAGUUGAUCAGAAUCGUAUAACUGGUAGUAUCAACUGGGUCGGGUAUCAGGGAUUACUAGAGCCAUAUUUGUGUGGUGUAGAGUACUAAAAGGAAUGGUUGGACCAAGGUUUUGACCGCUCCCAGCCUUUUAAUCAUGAUGUGACAAUCAUCUCAAUAUUUUUCAUUGGAAAAUGGUGUCUGAUUUUCUGGGGAACAUUUGCUGUGCUGACUGUUAUUGCUGUCGCUGACUGAAUAGGCUUACUAGAAACAAUGGGCCGUAGGAGCUCUUGUGCUUCAUCAUUUUCAUCAAUUUGACACUGUGUAACAUGUGUAAGUUAUUGGAAUCCUUGAUAAAAAUGUAAUAGCAAUACCUAAUUUGUAGCAAAUAAGAAAUUUUAUCACCGUGUGUGACUUGCGGUUUCAUGUCCAAUAAACUGCCUCAAGCUUAAAAUGGCCUGAUAUGUCAGGACGACCAAGUCAGUGCUUUGAACUUUGAGGUCGUUACAUGGUGUUUUCCAAAUCAUGGGAUGGGUACUAUCAGUUGUAAUGUGUCCUUGGUUGCAUGUACUCUGGGACACUCAAAAGAUUGUUGGGUAUGUUUUUUUGGGGGGGGGGGUGUAAGUCCUGUUGGGGGUUCGACACAGUUCACGUUAAUCAUCUUCUCCUGUCUCUCGACUGGUCCAGAACGUUAUUGGACAAUCACUCUGCAAGUUGAAAUAUGACAGUUUGCAUAGACAUUGGGAUAAAAUUGUGGGUUUUGAUUCAAUUGUUGUCAUAUCAUCGCAAUAAAAAGUAAGCUAGCCUCAAGUUAUGAACAGUCCAAACCUAUUCACGUGACCAUUCGUUUGAAAGCUAUUGACGAGCACUCUCUGAUGGCAUAAACUGUGGUACGAUUUAUUGUAUCUUGGGGGGAAAAAUCAGCUUCGGAAAUUUUUCCAAAAGAUGUUUUAAUCCUGGUAAAUCGUGCCAUACUCACAAAGUUGACUGAAGACUAUGAACAUGUGCAUGCAAUCUGUCAUAUUUUAACUUUUUAUUCUCGGUGGCAUCCAGGUUGUUAAUUGAGGCUUAUGUAUGUCUGUUACUGUGGAUGUUUGGGAAAUGUGUUCCCUGGGAUAGAUUUUUAACGCCUCGUCAUUGUAUAUUCUCGUCACUUUGUAAAUUGUAGGGAGCUGUGCACGGAUUAUUUUGCAGAAGGAAGGAAAUCUGUGGAGACAGCUGACAAACUGCGGCAACAGUCAUUAAAAAUAUUGAAAUUUCAGCAAAAAAAUUAAGAAUAGUUAAACCUAUUGACGUGACCAUUCCAUGGAAAGCUCUGAAUUGUUGCUUUCUGAUGGUACCAUUUUUGUCAUGAUUAGUUACUAUUCUGGGGUAAAAUUAUACAUUUUCAGAAAUUUUGGAUUUCGGUAAAAUUCCUGAUAACCACAGACUUGAUUCAUGUCUUUCAUUCACCAUUCUUUAUUGCCAGGUUUGUUUGUUCAGAAUUUGAACUUUGAAUAUGAAUGCGAUAUACAUGCGAAGUUUCACUGCAUUUGUUUUGCACUGUUGUUUUUCAUCGCAUUUUGCUGUGGGGGGGGGAGGUCUCAAUUU